AUGGUGGGCAUUGAGCUGGACCAGCGUGCCAUGCGUGUCCUUGCGCAAAGCGUCCCGGGGGCCACCGUCGUUCGCUCGGAUGUCCUGCUCGUGAACUACACUAGGCUAUCCGAGCUAAGAGGUGGUCCUCUGUCGAUCGUCAGCAACCUUCCUUUCCACGUAGCCUCGCAGCUCCUGUUCACACUUGCUGACCAUGCCGAUGGAGUACGCAAUGCGCACGUGAUCCUGCAGCAAGAGGUUGCUCAGCGCAUUGUGGCCAAACCCAAUAGCAAGAAGUAUGGCAUUCCCAGCGUGGUCUUCCAGCUGUACGCUGACCCCAAGAUCUUGUUCCACUUGCCACCCACUGCAUACUUUCCCAGACCGAACGUAAUGACCUCAUACUUGAAGCUGGACUUCGAGGCUGCGGCGGAGCGCAGAAAAGCUCUGAACGUUGAUCCUCGCGACCUACGCAAUCUCACCAAUACGGUCUUCAGAUACAGACGCAAAAUGAUGUCGAACUCCUUGAGCCGAAUUCUCUCUUGCCACACGACGUUAAUCAACAAGCUGCCUGAAGAGUAUGCAAAGCUCCGUCCAGAGCAGAUCGAGCCGUGGGAGUUUGUGCACCUCACACAGCUCAUCUUCGGGAAGAAGGAAUUCCCAAAGUAUUUCAGACGGGCUUGGCGCGGUGAGUUUGGACGAACGGUUCGAGACUGA